UAUUAGCAUUUUAUACGAGUACAAAUAUUAGGUAUAUUCGUUUUUAUUUAUUACUAAUUAUCUAUAUGUGUACCUAAUGGGUAGAGUGAGUCGUUAUUACCUAUAAUAUUAUGGAAGUCUUAUGAUAAUAUUUACCUAUGAUCUACUCCCCACUUAUUCUAAUAGACGUAUGAAUAAUAUUAUAUUACCAUUUGCGUAUUGCGUAUAUGAUAGAAUUUUUCAUUAAAAUAUUUUGAUGUUGAAAAAAGCAAAAGUGAGGCAGAUGCCUUUUAAAUAAACUUUUAAAAAUGUAUGAAAUACAGAUGCUAUAACUCUAUAAGACAUCCAUUCGUAUAGAUGGGAGCUGCGGUAUUCGUGCAUCCAUUAGAAGUGCUUAAAUAUCGUAUGCAACUAAGUGGCGAAAAAGGCACGACUUCGGAUCACAAAAACUCAUUUCAUGCGAUCAUAAAUAUGGCAAAAAAAGAAAAACUAUCGGGAUUUUAUAAAGGCAUUUCUGCAAACUUUAUUAGACAACUAAUUUUUACGUCAACUCGGGUAGGCACCUAUGCUACACUCGUGGAUGAAAUGAAAAAACGAGGGCAAAGCAACGUGAUGAAUAACGCAAUAGCCAGCAUGUCUACCGGAGCAUUAGCUGCGUUCAUUUCCACGCCGACCGAUAUUGCUGUAGUCCGCAUGACGGCCGAUGGACGAUUGCCAGAAGAAAGCCGGCGCAACUACAAACACGUUUUCGACGCAUUGUGGAAAAUCCGUAAAGACGAAGGCGUAACGGGACUUUGGAGAGGGACAGCGGCAACCGUGUUCAGGGCGAUGACGGCCAACGUGACUCAAUUGAUGUCCUAUGACGCGGCCAAAGUGUAUUUGAUGGACAAUUAUAAUAUGGAGAACGGUUUAAAGCUUCACACUGCGUCAAGCAUGAUUUCUGGAAUUGUGUAUUCCGUCUGUUCGAAUCCAAUGGACGUAUUAAAGACUAGAAUACAACAACAGAAGAUAGUAGACGGAAAAGCAGAAUAUUCAGGCAUAGUAGAAGUGGUGUCAACUUUGCUGAAGACUGAGGGAGUGACAGCUUUAUGGAAAGGCUGGCCUUUUUAUUAUUUACGGGUUGCACCAGGUACUGUCUUGUUAUUUAUCUUCAUGGAACAACUUAAAAAAGGAUAUGAAGAACAUUUUAUGAAAAACCUGUAAUCAACAAUUAACAUUACUAAUGACGCAAUAUUAUAUGAUUUUUGAGCAAUUAUAAUUGCUCAAAAACCAACCGUAUACGAUUGUCAUUUGACCUACUAUAACUAUAAUUAUACAGUACCUUUACAUAUUUAUAAAUAUUUUAUAUUAUU